UGCUGUGGCUUCUUUUAAACUUCCGUUCUUAAUCGGUACAAGCUGCUCCAGCUGCUUUGCUACUGUCGACUAUGAGUGCAGACUGCGUUGUGGAAGUUCUCUCACUGACAGAAAUCCAAUUAGUGCUGGUUCAAGCUCACCUGGAGAACCCUACAAAGUACCACAUACAGCAAUCACAAAGACAGCCAGUGAAGCCGUAUUUCUCACUUGGUACCAAGCUAUUAAACCAAAGUGCCUCAUUUACCCCUUCACAUCACUCCCAGCAUGUGGGAAGCACAACAGCCUUAAGGAACGGACACAUGCCUCCUACCGGAGAACAUGAAACCCCAGAAAGUCCUAUGACACUACUGUCUCUGGAAGGCGCUCAUGCAAAUGAGAUGGAUGAUGUAAUUGAAGACAUAAUUAGUUUGGAGUCCAGUUUCAAAGACAAUGGUGUGGGACACACAGAGUCUACAGUGCUGAUGCCACAUUCACUGCCUUUGAACAGUAGCAUUCUGGAUGCCUUCACCAGUGAUCAAGGUAUGACAGCUGCUAACAUAGGAAUUACAAAUGCUUCCUGUUCUGCCAACCUGUCUGUAAAAAGGGAAACCACAGAAAUGGACACAAGGGCCAUAGCAAAAGAAAGACAAAAGAAAGACAAUCACAAUUUAAUUGAAAGAAGAAGACGCUACAAUAUCAAUUAUAGAAUCAAAGAACUAGGCACUCUUAUCCCAAAAUCCAGUGACCCUGAUAUGCGAUGGAACAAAGGAACUAUUUUAAAAGCGUCUGUGGAGUACAUCAAGUGGUUACAGAAAGAACAGCAGAAGUCAAGAGAAUUAGAGAACAGACAGAAGAAACUAGAGCAAGCUAACAGAAGGCUUCUACUUCGAAUUCAGGAACUGGAAAUUCAAGCCCGUGCCCAUGGUCUUCCUAUUCUCUCCUCUUUUAGUAGAGUGGACUUAACUUCGCAAUUUAUUAAGGGGCAGUCAUAUCAUGAUAUUGCAGCUGAAUAUCGACAGCAGGCAUCUCUGUCUCAGGUUUCAAGUACUGACCUCAGCGAAGUUUCUACAACAUUCUCGGAUCCAUUGUCACAUUUUACAGACUUAUCCUUCAGUGCAGCUUUAAAAGAAGAACAUAGGCUUGAUGAAAUACUCAUGAAUGACAACAUGUCUCCAUUUGGGUCUGACCCCCUCUUGUCUGCCAUCUCUCCUACCAUAUCCAAAGGCAGCAGUAGAAGAAGUAGUUUUAGUACGGACAAUGGCGAUGAACUAUGAAACCACUUUUUUAGUCAUAAGACAGUAGUUGCUUGGGUUGCCGCAACGAAUUAGGAAUGCUCAAGAACAUUUGCUGCUGUUUGCAACAGCUGUGUAUUACAGUGAUCAAAGCAGGAAACAACUGAAAUGUAAGAAGGUCAGAAAGAUCAACAGUGUACCAUGAAUUC